AUGUACAACAAGAACCAACACUCAAGCAUACGCAAUGGCACAGCGGAACAAGAAGCCAUUGAAGGGCAUGACCCCAGAGUAGCUAGAAUUGUUGAACUUGUUCGACAAGCCGCAGCGAGUUCAAAUGCCUUGGCCUUCAUUGAAACACUCCCACACGGCCUAGCCACCAAUAUAGGCUCUGCCGGUAGUCAACUGAGUGGUGGACAGAAGCAGCGAGUUGCCCUUGCACGCGCCCUGGUCCGUGAACCCUCGCUUCUUAUUCUCGAUGAAGCGACAGCAGCAUUAGACUCAAACAGUGAGAGUCGGAUUCAAGAUGCUCUGGCGAAACUUCAAAACCGCGUCACCAUGGUAUCAAUCGCUCACCGAUUGGCAACCGCCAAAGAUGCCCACAAGACAGUGGUGGUUGACAAAGGCCAAGUAGUUGAAGAGGGUCCUCACGCUGAACUGGUUGCGAAAGGCGGCGCUUAUGCUAAGAUGGUCGAGUUCCAAAACCUGGAGACUGUGGAUAUGCCAGCUAUCCCUGAGGCAUAUGUGAGCCGCGAUAGCAGCUUUUUUAUCCACGGCGAAUUGGAUGGUCCGGGUGCCAAAGAAAUUGCGGCAGAUGUUAGCCUUUCGAAGACCCCUGGAGAGGAAACGAAGACGCAGACCGGCUCAGACGAGACGGUAGAGGAGGGUGACAAACCCAAGCCCCCCAGGUGGUUCACCCUGAAGUUCACAUUCAAUUUGGUUCGCCCCAAUCUGGGUUAUCUCGUUCUCGGCCUUUCUGCAUCUGUCGUGAUUGGUGGCAGUUGCAUAGCAGAAGCUGUCAUCUUCGGUCACACCAUCAGCAGCUUAAGCCUUUGCACGGGGGCCGACAACAUCCGUCACAGAGGACACUUAUAUAGACUUUUGUUCUUCAUUAUAGCUUUAGUCGAGUUCUCAGCAAACGUUGCCAGUGGAUGUGCAUUUGGCUGGGCUGCCGAGAAGAUCUUGACCCGAAUUCGAAUCCUCUCUCCUCGAUCUCUCUUGAGCCAGACCAUAACAAGGCACAACACGGAUGGCCGCACUCCCGGAACACUGAUUAGUUAUAUCAUCAGCGAUGCCAGUGCACUGAGCAAUAUUUCUGGCUCUACGAUCGGUCUUCUCCUUGCCGCCGCCUUCAACUUGGUUGCUGGACUCGUCGUUUCUUUCGUCCUCGCAUGGAAGAUCGCUAUCGUGCUCGCCCCAUGCAUCCCGGUCCUCCUUGCUUCGGGCCUGAUGAAACUUCGCACGCAAGCCAAGUUCGCCGAGCGACAUCAAAAGGCAUUUUCUCAGGAAACUUCCAUCACUGUCGAAGCCGUUGACAACAUUCGGAUAGUGUCCGCUUUCUCCUUGGAGAGCCAGUCAAACGCACGGCAUGAGCUCGCAUUGCGAGAACCCUAUCAGGAGACCCUGCGUUCAAUUGCAUUCGGCAACAUUUUCUUAGCCCUAGCCUUCAGCAUCAGCAACCUCUCAUGCAGUCAAAUACUCGCGCUUGCACCCGACAUUUCCAAGGCAGGACUUACCGCGUCCAGCAUUACGGAGCUGCUCACUACAAGUUCAGCGGACGACGAGCUGAAUCCUCAGAGCUCAGGCAAAAACCGCCGUGACUACAAGCUGCUCCUCUCUGAGAAACCUCACGACAUGGAGGCAGCAGAUUCCAGGCCGGAGGGCACGGCUCCCAGCGUGCCAAUUUCAUCCGGCCAGGGCAUGAAGACCCAGUUGCAAGACGUCCACUUCGAGUACCCGUCACGACCGGGGCAGCCGGUACUCUGUGGGGUCAAUUUGAACAUUCAGGCUGGUCAAUUCUGUGCCUUGGCUGGCUCCAGUGGAUCAGGGAAGUCUACAAUCUUUGCAAUGCUAGAGCGGUUCUACCGUCCUGACCGUGGAGCCGUGCUGAUGGACGGGACCGACAUCACACGCCAGCUUGGAACCGAGUUCCGAGACGAUAUAGCUCUUGUUCCCCAAGAAAACGUACUCUUUGGAGAUGGAUCCGGCAAUUCCCUGCUUGGUCUUCUCAACUCCGUUUUGCCGGUCUCCGUGUCUACCGAACUACCCUGCAUCAGCCAAGAGGAGAUGGUGAUGGUAGCGAUUGCCCAGACCUCGGCAAGCCCGGGUACCAAAACUCGAGAAAUUCAGGGGCUUGGCAAAGAGGAUCUUUGCUCCGCUCUACACGCGAGAUGCAGACUUGGUCGAAUCAUAGCUCAAGCUGGGGCGUGUCAUCUCCCUCCCACAUCCAGAGCAGCCAUUAGCCGAUUCGCACUUGGAAGGUCCACUUCACCAAGAGGGCGAAUUCUCCGAGUUUUUACGGCACCGCAGAAACUCGAAAAAUUGCGACUCUUGGCAUGCCCCAAGAUAAACCAACCAUAUGGAUCAUAUGAAUAG